AGGAGAGGAGGAUUGAUUGAUCUGGGCUUAUGGCCGGUGCUUAGAGAGGGUUCGGGAGGAGAUGGCGAAGGAGGAAGGAGGAGAUGGCGAAGGAGGAAGGGAAGACGGUAACAGUCAAGAGCUCCGACGGCGAGGUGUUGGAGGUGGUGGAGGCGGUGGCGAAGGAAUCUCAGACGAUCAGACAAAUGAUCGAGGAUGGUUGUGCUGAUUCCGGCAUCCCCUUGUCCAACGUUGCCAACAAUAUCCUGGCGAAGGUAAUCGAGUACUGCAAAAAGCACGUCGACGACAAGAUUCAAGAAGAAGAGCUCAAGGCGUGGGAUGCCGAGUUUGUUGAGGUGGACCAAGCGAUGCUCUUCAAUCUCAUUCUGGUUUUAAAUGAGGAUCUAUGGCUUGUGGAAGGUCAGCAAGAGCGGAUGAUCAAUGGGGCAAAUGUUUGGAACUGGCCUGUGGCAUAUGAUAAGCUUUGAGCAAGGUACAGAAUAUGGAGAGAUGCACUUGAAAGAGGCAACAAGAAGCUUCCAUUCGAGAGGUCAAUUCCCACUUAUUUGGAAGGGAUGGACAAUUGCACUGCAAAGCAUCUCUUCCAAGGAAGGCAACCUUAACUUGAAGAUAUCUGUCCCACAAGGUGAAUGAGGCCAAAAAUGUGCUGAAACUUUGCGAUUUUGGCAAUGCUUUGUUUGCUGGGAAG